AAUGGGCUCCUUCGUGCAAGGAAGAAUCAGCAGACAGCAAUGGCCGAGUCGUCAACUCCUCCAAUGGCCGAGUCAGGCCGCUGAGUCCCUCCGCUUGCCCUAACUCGGCCCCGCUCUGCUCGUCGAGCUGCUGAAGGUUUCUUGCUUGCUCUGAAAUCCACAGCAACCGGGGGAGAAGGAAGCUGAAGGAGGAGAAGCCAUGACGGUCGCCGCGGGAAUUGGGUACUCUCUGAUAGCUCUGGGGCCGUCUCUCUCCCUGUUCGUCUCCGUCAUCUCCAAGAAACCCUUCCUCAUCCUCACUGUGCUCUCCAGUACGCUCCUGUGGCUGAUAAGUCUGAUUGUGAUGUCGGGAUUGUGGAGGGCCUUUCUUCCUAUAAGUUCGAGCGCUUGGUGGCCAUACGCCAUUCUUAUAAUCACGUCAGUCGGGUUUCAAGAAGGUCUUCGGGUCUUUUUCUGGAGAAUCUACAAGAAGUUGGAAGAUAUUUUGGAUGCUUUUGCUGAUAGAGUCUCAAAACCUCGCCUUUUCCUUACUGAUAAGAUGCAAAUCGCAUUAGCUGGCGGUUUAGGUCAUGGUGUCGCACAUGUUGUAUUCUUUUGUUUGAGCCUCUUAACUCCAGCAUUUGGCCCUGCUACAUUUUACAUUGAGAAGUGCUCAAAGAUGCCAUUUUUCCUUGUUUCAGCAUUGAUUGCGCUAUCAUUCGUCACAAUUCAUACUUUUUCAAUGGUCAUUGCCUUUAAUGGGUAUGCUGAAGGGAACAAAGUCGACCAAAUUUUUGUUCCAGUAGUCCAUAUGGUGGCAGGAUUAAUGACUCUGGUGAAUUUUGCUCAUGGAGGCUGCAUGAUUGGAAUUCCUCUUCUUUACUUGAUGGCGAUGUUGACACUGAUGCACUGCGGGAAGAUGGUCUGGAGAAGAUUGACCGAGAACAGAGGGAGGCAGGAGAGCUCACAGUAAAGAGCAACACGGUUCGUACUAAUUUCAGUUAAGUUGUGCAGUUUUACUUGAUAGAGAAAACAUUGGAGUUAUUUAGAGAUCGGGAAGGUGAUGUACACUAGAUGUAUGGGUUGGUGAAAAUUUAAGGCUUCGGUCUCAUGAACUUAAUGUUCAAUUGUUCUCUAAAUCCUUCAUUAUAUAUGAUCUUAUUGAUAUUUUGACUUCAA